AUGAUGCAGCCCCCGGCCACCGCCUUAUGGCUGGCCGUCGGCGCUGCGUCAGUGAAGACUGUGAAGGCCGAGCAAUUCGCCAAGUCCUUUUCUGUCCAGGACGGCGGCCAGCCAGAGAGCCAAGACCACGCGGUGGGCGGGCCUUUGCGAAUGAUUCGCGAUGCGACGUCGGUGGGCGUUCACUUCGCUUCGCUGGUUCCUUCCAUUUCUUCUCUGCCCCUGCCCUUCAUCUUCUUUACCUUUUCUGUCUUGCGACCAACGUCGUCUGCUCCCUGCCUGCUCACUCAUGAUCAUGAGCAGCCUCGUCCGCCAUUCCCUGGAUGUGACGCUGGCGAACGCGACGGCCCAGGCCCCACAGCCCUCAUCAUGACCUCCUCUGUCAUAUCCUCCUCCUCCUCCUUCUCCGCCAACAACAACACCACCGACGCCAGCAACAACGUGCCGCUGCUACCAUCACAGCUACCGCCAGCCUUGCCGACAUUCUGGCAGUCGCCUCUGCACUAUGUCACGCGCACGCUGCGGCGCUGGCGCCGGCGGAUUCAGUUUUGGUCCUCACCCCUCAAACUGAGAUACUCCAUUAUUGUGUUGUCUAAAAUUACGGACCACCCUUAUCGCUAUCUCGCUCGGCUUUUCUUGCGGUACCCUCGUCAUUUUCCGGUGAUCCUCCCACCGCCGCCGCGACAGAUCAUCGCCUACGCGCCUGAGGCAUACAUGGACGAGCACCACCUGGACAUUUUCGAGUUGCGCCUGAUCCCCAUUUUUCGCUGGCGCGAUACCCUACAAGGCUCCUUCUAUCGCUUGUAUGAAGCCUUUUGCGCCUAUGAUGAGCCGCUCAUUGGCUAUGAGACGGAGUAUCUCUGGAAGAGACAGACACACUGGAACCCCGAGGACAUUCAUGAUCCGCGUCUGGACGGAUGCAUCGACUCUGAGCAAUUCGCGGUUCUUGCGUCCCUCGCGGAGGCACUCAUCUGGUCCUUUAAUUGGCGACUGAGUAUUGGCCUCCGACGAGACGGAAACCAUCACGACCUCGACGACGGCCCCAAUGAGUUCGCCCCGUUCAAAGACCCUGUAUGGACGUCUCUGGCGCCCAAACUGAAACAGAGACUAAUCCUUCAUAAAUUCCCCAAGCAUCAUCAUGUCAAUGCAAAGGACAUUGCCGCGGAUCAAUUUGGCAAGCGAAACAUCCAAGCAACAAAGUCCUCCUUGACCACCGUCUAG